GACCUCUGAUUUGUGUUUGUCAUCAACAAGCUGCCGUUUGUCUGCUGCUGUGGACGUCCACAAUCAGCUGGUCGGUGACUGGUCUGGGAUCAGUUUAUUGAGAAACAGAUUGAAAUGUGCAGAGGCAGUCAGCUGUGUGUUUGACUGAGACUGAAGACUGACGGUUUGUGUCCUCAGGCGGCUGCAGGUUUUCACCAACAUGGAAAGGAUGCAUCAGAAUCCAGAACCAGAACUCAGUCUUGUCUCCAUGAAGAGAGCUCGCAUGCUCUUUGAAAGACAACAACCUUCUGCUGAGGAGAAGAUCAUUCAGAACCCAGGACCAGGACCACAACCAGGACCACAGCCAGAACCAGGGCCAGGGCCAGGACCAGAACCCAGCUGUGUGUCUAUGAAGAGUGAUGAUUCAAAGGAUGCCGUCAUUAACUUUAAAAGACAACAACCCUCUGUUGGACAGAAGAUUCACCAGACACUCAAACAUGGACCUGGAACUGGACCUGGACCUGGACCUGCACCCAGCUGUGUGUCCUUUAAGAGUAAUGACUCUAAAAAUAUUAUAAUCACUUUUGAAGGAGAACAGCCUUCUGCUGCAAAGAGGAGGAAGCUGGAAAAGCAAGACUCAUCUGAACCAGAACUGCACUCUGUGUCCAUGAAGACUGGCUAUACAAGAAAACAUCCUUAUAAUUUCAUGAAAAGGCACCGCCCUGUGGAUCAAAGCAGGAGGGAGGAAUCAGGCUUAAUGAAGGAGCUGCUGGGAGCCUUUGGGAAAAAACCAAAAGUGGAGCAGCAGAACUCAGAGGUUCCCAGAGCUCAGUCUGUCCAGCAGCAUCCCUUGGACUCCAUAUUCAUGCUGCUGGAGGACAACAUGGUGACUUUUGUGAAGAAGGAGCUGAAGAAGAUGCAGAAGGUUGUGAGUCCAGAUUACUCAGAAUGCCCAGGGAGUCAGAGGGAGGAUGAGGAGGAGUUGGAGGGUGAUGAUGAAGAGCAGAGGAGCAGCAGAGAGAUGUUUCAGCAGAUCACAGUGUUGUUCCUGAGGAGGAUGAAGCAGGAGAAGCUGGCUGAGUGUCUGCAGAGCAAACUUGCUGCUCUAGCUUGUAGACGUAAACUUAAAUGUGGCCUGAAGAAGAAGUUCCAGAGAGUGUUUGAGGGCAUCGCUAAAGCAGGACAGCCGACCCUCCUGAACGAGAUCUACACAGAGCUGUACAUCACAGAGGGAGGGACUGCAGAGGUCAAUCGUGAACAUGAGGUCAGACAGAUUGAAGCAGCAUCCAGGAAAGCAGCCAGAGCAGAAAGAAGUAUCAGACCAGAACACAUCUUUAAAGGCUCACCUGGAAGAGAUGGACCAAUCAGAACAGUGAUGACACAGGGAGUGGCUGGCAUCGGGAAAACAGUGUUAACACAGAAGUUGACUCUGGACUGGACUGAAGACAAAAGCAACCAGGACAUCCACUUCAUGUUUCCACUGACUUUCAGAGAGCUGAAUGUGCUGAAAGAGAGAAAGUUCAGCUUGGUGGAACUUGUUCAUCACUUCUUCAGUGAAACCAAAGCAGCAGGAAUCUGCAGCUUUGAAGACUUCCAGGUUGUGUUGAUCUUUGACGGUCUGGAUGAAUGUCGCCUUCCUCUGGACUUCCACAACAAUGAGAUCCUGACUGAUGUUACAGAGUCCACCUCAGUGGAUGUGCUGCUGACAAACCUGAUCAGGGGGAAGCUGCUUCCUUCUGCUCGCCUCUGGAUAACCACACGACCUGCAGCAGCCAAUCAGAUCCCUCCUGACUGUGUGGACAUGGUGACGGAGGUCAGAGGGUUCACCGACCCACAGAAGGAGGAGUACUUCAGGAAGAGAUCCAGAGAUGAGGAGCAGGCCAGCAGCAUCAUCUCCCACAUGAAGACAUCACGAAGCCUCCACAUCAUGUGCCACAUCCCAGUGUUCUGCUGGAUCACUGCUACAGUUCUGGAGGAGCUGCUGAGAACCAGAGAGGGAGGAGAGCUGCCCAGAACCCUGACAGAGAUGUACAUCCACCACCUGGUGGUUCAGACGAAAGUCAAGAAGGUCAAGUAUGAUGGAGGAGCUGAGACGGAUCUAGACAACAGGAGGAUGAUUGAGUCUCUGGGAAAACUUGCUUUUAAUCAGCUGCAGAAAGGAAACCUGAUCUUCUAUGAGUCCGACCUGACAGAGUGUGACAUCGAUGUGAGAGCAGCCUCAGUGUACUCAGGAGUGUUCACACAGAUCUUUAAAGAGGAGAGAGGACUGUACCAGGACAAGGUGUUCUGCUUCGUCCAUCUGAGCGUUCAGGAGUUUCUGGCUGCAGUCUACAUGUUCCACUGUUACACCAACAGGAAGGAGAAGGUUCUGGAGGACUUCCUUGGAAAAGACUGGAUAUACAAGAACAAAGACACUCUGGAUGUGUUCCUGAAGCGAGUGAUGGAGAAAUCCCUCAGAAGUAAAAAUGGUCACCUGGAUCUGUUUGUUCGCUUCCUUCAUGGCCUCUGUCUGGAGUCCAACCAGAGACUCUUAGGAGGUCUGCUGGGUCAGACAGAGAACCAUCCAGAAAUGAUCCAGAGAGUCAUCAACAACCUGAAGGAGAUGAAGAGUCAUGAAAUGUCUCCAGACAGAAGCAUCAACAUCUUUCACUGUCUGAUGGAGAUGAAGGAUCUCUCAGUACAUGAGGAGAUCCAAGAGUUCCUGCAGUCAGAGAACACAUCAGAGAAGAAACUCUCUGAGAUCCACUGUUCAGCUCUGGCCUACAUGCUGCAGAUGUCAGAGGAGGUUCUGGAUGAGUUGGACUUGGACAAGUACAGAACAUCAAAGGAAGGAAAACUGAGACUGAUUCCAGCUGUGAGGAACUGCAGAAAGUUUGGACUUUCUCACUGUAAACUCUCAGAGAGUCACUGUGAAGUCGUGGCCUCAGCUCUGAAGUCCAACCCCUCCCAUCUGACAGAAAUGACCCUGAGCCGGAACAUCCUGCAGGAUUCAGGAGUGAAGCAUCUUUCUGCUGGACUGCAGAGUCCAAACUGUAAACUGGAGACUCUCAGAUUGGAGGGCUGCAGUUUAUCAGAGAUCAGCUGUGAUUCUCUGGUCUCAGCUCUGAGGUCCAACCCCACCCAUCUGGAACAUCUGGACCUGAGCUACAACAACCUGAAGUAUUCAGGAGUGAAACAUCUGAGUGGUUUUCUGGAGAGUCCAGACUGCAUCCUGAAGACUCUGGAAUUGGUUCGCUGCAGUUUGUCAGAGAUCAGCUGUGAUUCUCUGGACUCAGCUCUGAAGUCCAACCCCUCCCAUCUGGAACAUCUGGACCUGAGUGGAAACAACCUGCGGGAUUCAGGAGCGAAACAUCUGAGUGGUUUUCUGGAGAGUCCAGACUGCAUCCUGCAGUAUCUUGGAUUGGAGGGCUGCAGUUUGUCAGAGAUCAGCUGUGAUUCUCUGGUCUCAGCUCUGAGGUCCAACCCCUCCCAUCUGGAACAUCUGGACCUGGGCUACAACAACCUGCAGGAUUCAUCAGUGAAACAUCUGUUAGAUCUUGUGGAGAGUCCAGACUGCAGCCUGAAGACUCUGAGCUGGAGGCCCUGAUCAGGACGGUGUUUGUGCUGAGAGGAUGAAGUGUGUCCUGAUGAUCCAGUGGUUGAAGCAGCAGCAGCUGGUGUGUAGAGACUCUGACUGGACCAUGUUACUGGGAGGUGGACUGGGAACCAGUAUGAAGUGUGUUGUUCCUGUAUAAUUUAGUGUUGCAGCUCCACACUGUGAAUGACGGAGAAGUUCGGUUAAUGUUGACUUGAUCCGUUGGAGGUUGAUGUCAGGUUGCAGAGUGUGCAGGGUAAGUUUCAGGAUGUUUUCCACUCUGACUUAUAUCUGCUCGUUUGGAGCCUCAAUUCCAGGUUUUCCACCCUUGGUCUGUUUCUGGGAAUGUUCUAGCGUUAUCUUUUAGUUUUGUCUUCACAUUAGUAUGACGUCAUGGUUGGUAAUGAUUCAAUCUGGCCUUUAUUAACACAUAAUCAUGAAACGCAUCCUGACUCUGCUUGUAAAUAACACUAAGGGCCUUCAGGUGUUUAAUAAGGACUUUUCCAGCUCAUAUUAGUUGUUUGAUGAUCAUCAGUCAGUUUUCUGCUGACAUGUUGUUACAUCAGCACAGUCCCUUCUCUCUGACAGAAAGUGUAUUUGUCCAACUGGUCAGUUUGUCAGUCAGGAUGGAAUUAUAAAUCCAGACCUCCAUCAUGAGCUUUAUGUUCAGAUCCACUGUUUGUUUGAGAUGAAACGUCCUGAAAAUUCCACAGCAGGUGUUUCUCCUGUUUGUAGCUUUAGUUGUGGGCAGUGAGUGUAGGUGAGUCUAAGCAGGGUUUUCAUUUGGACUUUUAUCUGCUCAACGUAGGAGAGUUAAGUUUGGUUGUAACUUUUGGUCAGAAAUCUUCUUGUUGUUUGUCUUCAGUUCUUUUCAGUAGCAUCCGUCACCCUCCGUUGCUCCUUUUUCUGUCUCCUGUGUUGUUUGAUUUGUGUUAACUCAACAACUUCCUUCAAUAAAUCCGUCAGCUUUGGGUCA